CAAAUCGCUCUCUCAAAACUUUUACAUGAUAAUUAUAAUACUCGUCAUAUAAGUCUUCUCUAACCCGGUGACGGUCCUGGAUCUUUUAAUUCAUAAAAAUGAUAUUUUGGUUGGGAGACUAACCAAUCGGACACCCACGCCGUCUUCCCCUCCUACCCAAUGAUAUAUCCAAUCCUGGAAGUGAAGUACCUUGGGGCGAAGGUGUCUUGAAAAAGUAUUUGAGAUCACCUAUGAUAGUUCCCCAAGGUCAAAAUGGAGUCCUCAGUACUUGCUAAAGUCAGCGAGACAGACUUUAAUCCUAGAGUUGCUGUUUCGUGGCUUGAGGAACAGCCCGAGGAAUCACAGCUAUGGAAAGCCAUGUUCGAAGAGCUCCUCGUGAGCGCCGCGAAACCGAAGCAAUCUUCCGGAAACGCUUGUGUAAAGUUGUACGGCUUCGUUGAGCAAUGCUCCAAGUCUACCAAUCUCGCGCUGCGAACCUUUGCCUUUGCAGAAAGUACUGCCUUGAGACUCUUCGAUUUCUUCAUGGAAUGGAAUGAACAGGAUCCGCAUAGAUCUAUGAAACUUGUUGUUGAUUUUCUCACAUAUUUCAUAUCUAAAAAUCCUACGCCAGAGGUUGGCGCGUCUGUCAAGGAAACUAUCCUCAAUAUUACCGUAUCUACGAUUACGGAACAGUCAUCUCGGCCGUCAAUAAAGUCCGCUAUGGUUUCUCUAGACUAUUUUAUCCAGAAGAAACUAGUAUCUCCAUACGAGAUAUUAGAAAUCUACAGGAGAAUUCACAACCUACCCUCAGACGAGAGCAUCCUCUGGGAUACUUUCAUUGCCAAGAUUUUCACUUGGAUGGAGCUACAUUAUGUAUGUAAUGUGGCAGGAAAGUUUCUCGUCACAAUAUUCACCAGUUCUUGGUCCACAGACGAGGACAUCCGGCAUCGACCCGAGAAUUGGCAUAAAUUUAUAUAUAAUGGUUUGCAAAUGAAUGUCGACUAUCUUGAAUCAAUCAAACGCUACAUCUUUGUUCCAUUAUUCAAGACUGAUCAAACUGCCUCUCUAGCAUAUCUUCGUCACCUCUCUUCGCUGCAAAAACUCACUAGCAAUGAUAGUAGUAGUUGGGACCUUAAUUCGAUGCUAUGGCUUGGAAUGCUCGAAGCAGGGAAGAAAGUCGGAGUGGUGGGAGAACCUGGAAGUGACAAUGAUGACUCGGCUUCUCAACUUAGGGCGGACGUGCUUGAGAGUGUCCUAUGUCAUGAAUCUCGCGAAGCGCGGUCUUCUGCUGUGUCUAUCCUCAUAGCAUCGCCUUCCACAACAAAACCAUACACGGCAGAAGCCCUAGAGCUUCUUAAGAAACACCUACCAUCAUUUCACGAAGACUCCGACCCGAUGAUGCGUUAUGAUAUCCUAGGACACUCGAAGAAUAUGAUCAAGCGAAUCCAGAGUACUGUAGAGUCGUUGCGUCGAGAAGAUGAAAAACUCUCGAAGAAGGCCGAUAAAACCGGAUCGAACAAAACGACCACCAAGCCAGCUACGAAGGUUAAGAAAAACCAGUCAUACGUUGCGGGAGACUUACGCGACACCUUACGUCUGCACGAGGACUUCGUUUCGUGGUAUGUAGGCUUUCUUAAAGGCGAAUUAGCGCCUACUACGUCCUAUCAACGACAUAUCACCGCAUUGAAGGCAAUGGUCUUCAUUGUCAAGCCUGGUCAAUUUGGAAAUGGCGUUACUAGCUCUUCCAAUCUAAGGGGCUUGCUCGCUGACUCUACAUGGCUCCGCUCCAUUCUAGACCUCAUCAUGGAUCCUUUUGAUGACGUGAGAGACACUGCUGCUUUGCUGGUAAUGUCGUUGUCAUCUAAGGAUGAGGACUUGGAGCUACCCUUACAGAUGUCCGGACGGGGAGGGACGCUUCUCGAAGAACUCCAGAGCUUUGGUUCCAGGGCGCAUGAACUGGCCCGAAGGACCGCGCGUGCAGACCAUUCAGAUGGCGCUGCUCGAUCAUCUGAACUUUUAUGUCACUGGAGUAUAGGCGCAAAGGAUCAAAUAAGGAUCCCGCUUGAAAUGCUAUCGAGUCUUGAAGCUAGAAUCACUGCAGCUGAGAAGGACCUUGCUGCCGCAGUGCUUGAAGCGCCGGUACAUGGGGAUUUUGCAUCGCUUCGCUAUAUAUGGGGUUCGCUGUCGGACACCAAGUUCUCUGAAGAAGACAUGAAGGUCUUGGCGGAACUGCAAGAUCGUGCCAUCACGAGUUGCCAAAGAAUAUGGCAGACUGUACGUCAUGUGUUAUGUGAUGACUCCCCCGAAGGUCACCUACCCGAAGAGCUUGAAGAGGUUGAAGGACUCGACACCAAAGACUUGCUUAGUUACAGUUUCCGAGCGAUCCAUGAAUCAAGUAAUUUGAUGCGUACUAUUGCAAGCAAUGCUCGUAAUAACCUUGACCAAAAACUUCUAGCUCCUUCAAGGCGGAAUUUCGAGCAAAUCGGAAGAUUGACAUUUGACGAGUUAUCAAAUUUGCGACAUCGAGGAGCGUUCACCACUGUUUCUCAGACUUUUACUGCCUGUUGUCAGCUGGUAAAAUAUUUUCCAGGCCAUUCGAACAACGAUUCUAGUCUAUUAGACGAGUGGUAUCAGGGGGCACUGACUUGUAUUCAUACGCAAACAUCGACGACUCGAAGAUCGGCGGGUAUCCCUGCGCUCAUCGUAGGCAUACUUUCAUCCAACGCGGAUCAUCCCUCAUUUGAAGAUGUCAUUCAUACUCUACAAGAUAUUGGCCGCCGACCAGCGCUGGUAUCUCAAACUGAUGGGUCAAACUUACCCCAGGUACAUGCUCUGAAUUGUACCAAGGAUAUUUUUAAGAGCUCGUACCUAAGCAAAAGAGCCGAGUCAUAUCUCACUGACUGCCUUCAACUCGCCGCAAACAGUCUCAAAUCUGAAGUAUGGGCAAUCCGAAACUGUGGUCUGUUACUCCUGAGAAGCUUAAUCGAUUGUCUUUUCGGGACUAGCGAGAGUAAGUUGUCAAUUGAGGCAGGUUGGGAUGGGCGAACCGUCAAAAUCUCCUACCACAAGUUCAAGGCUUUGCCGGCACUUCUUGUGAGCCUUCUUGAAAUGGGGCAAAAUUCAAGUGGAGUUUUAAUAGGGUCGCAAACGGCCGAAUCUGUAUUCCCAGCGCUCGACAUUAUACGUCGUGCCGGGCCACCCGAGGAAUUUCGCGAUAAGCUCUACGACAUUAUUGCCUGGUAUCUAGGGAGCCACAUCUGGCACGUACGAGAUAUCGCUGCUCGCACCUUGUGUUCUUUCCUCCUGAAGGCGAGUUGGCUUGAAUCCAUCACAACUCUUCUAGCUAGCUCUGGUGCAUCCGCAAAUAAGCUGCAUGGAGUGCUCCUCACGAUAAAGGCUUUGAUUGAAAGGCUUGCUGAAGUAAUGCCCGACCAGCUUUCCGAUUCUAAUGUUCGCGUCGCAUACGAUUUACUCAUUGAACUACCUUCGACAAAUAGCUGCAUUAACACAUGUUCGGAAGUGAAGGCGGUAUAUAUCGAAGUUAUCAGCUUCUUAGCCGAACUGAACCGCAAGAUGGAAACCCCAGGAGUAGAUGACACCUCUAGUGUUUCUACCCUUCUGCGAUCCUGGUCUUUUGAACUCGCUGCUGAUUACGACAAGAGUAAGGCACCUACAGCAUUACUCGAAGUCAGGCUUGGACAAGUCGUCAUUCAGCAGGCUCUGCAGGGAUCAAGUACAGAUACGAAUAACACGUUAGGGUCAACUCUGACAGCAUUCUUAAAGAAUGACGCCAACGUCAACGUCGCCUGCUCCAUGUUAGAGAAUAUGUCCAAUGAAGACUUACCGCAGUCUUAUGAAGCCCGAAGGAAUCUCAUCAACGCAUAUGUACAAGUAUGCUUUGAAACCGACACACCAGAGCCGCGAGCGAUCGCAUUAGAAAAUAUCGCAACACUUAUAGACAAGGCUCUGUUAGAUAAGUCGGAUGAAGGACUGAGUUGCCUUCCUGAAUACGAGAUUCUAGUGCGGCUUUGGGCAGACCUUCACGCAAAAACGAUGAACCCAAGCUUAUCAGACGCAAUCAUUCGUGUAAGCGGCCCGCUAUUGGCAAUUAUCAUCCUGCGCUCCGAUGGGAAAGCCCAAGAUGAACAAGAGUCGUGGGUAAGAUCCUGGGGAGCGAUGAUGAGUGAUGCUGGUAUGGCAGAAAGGACAUUUGACACCCGGAUGGCGGCUGUUUGUGCUAUGCGCUCGUUCUCAACAAACACAACCAACGAAUUCACCACCGCAGCUAGCGACCCACAGCACUUACCAUGGCUUCUAGCACUCUACGACGCCAUAAAUGACGAUGAUGACGAGGUCCGCGCCACGGCUGCGUCGGCGGCUGCUCCCAUACUAUCAAAUCAACAUCUCGUUUCCGUCGAAGCUGGGCAACGUCUACUUCAGUGGCUAGCAAUACACUACAGCACUGCCGAUGAGUUCAGAGCACACGUCGCGUGUCGCAUGAUAGAACACAUCCCUCCUUCAAACUAUAGUAACGCCAUUUCUUUUCUGGAGAACUGGAUUCCAGCCGAGGUCCAGCUAAAAGAAGCGAUGCGCUUUGACGACUCGUUGUUUGUUAUUGAAGAACAAAACUUGUAUAUAGACGAAGUUCGCGAGACUCGGCGGUGGCGCGACGUCUUUGAGUCGCUUCCACCUUCACCAUCAUUCUCGGAGCCAGAAUCCACUUUACACGAAUGGACACUCGCUGGUCUCAUAACUAUAUCGCGUCUCGUGGGCUCCGAAGCAAGAUACGGUCCACUAGGCUGGACGUCGAAACCGGAAGUCUUUGCUAUCUGCGCAAGAAUUUUGAUAAGCGCAGCUGCGCUUGUGGCGACGGGUAAUAGUGGGAGCAAGGAUAUACUGGAUGAGAUGCGUCAGUUCAGGGACGAGGGACGGAGGGUUGGGAUUCAUGGGUUGUUACUUGGGAUGUGUGAGGGAUUGAUUGGUCUAUAAAAGGAGGUUAGGGAAUGGUGGUUAAAAGUUUAAGGAGGAAUAGCGAUGUGUUCAUGUAGGUGGCUCGCUGUUAUUUAAUUUGACUCAUAUA